AUGAAACUCACCUCAGGCUUAGGAAGUGACAACAACUCGAUCUGGAAGCCCGGUAUUCACGCGCAAGGUACACUUUGCAGACGCAAUGACAAAGAAGAGGACGAACAGACCUCGAUAGGAUACCGGAAGCACGAGAGAUGCACAAACGAUGACUAUGUCUACGUUGCUGAAGCCACCGAUACCGAACUUCCAGCCUCGGUCGUGCCUGCUCAGCUGCGUAAGGACUUUCGGACCAUGGCACUAAUCAAUGCGACUUCUUUCGUUGGUUCGAUAAUUCUGACAUACCUCUCCUCCUUCAUCCUGCUCGCUAUCAUACGUAUCGCUACUGGAAUCUCUAUACAACGGGUCGGCCUGUCGAGUUUGAGGCACAUUUCUUAUACUCACAGGGAUGGCAUCAGGAUUGAUAUUAGAGGCUUGGGCUUCGCUAUACACAGGCCCACCUUUGCGCAACCUACAUGGGUCAGUCUCCGGCUUCAGGAACUUGUCCUUACCGUUGAUCCGGCAUCGCUACAAAGUCACCAAGGAAGAAGGCAGGGCACGGACCGACCGAAUUAUCAUGAUGCGGACAAGCAGGACGCUACCUCACGUAGCCACGAGUCGGAGCAGAAGAGCAAGCUGUGGCGGCAGCUGAAUGAUAUCAAAGAACAUCUCAAGAGAAUACAUGACAAAAUUCAAUGGCUGCGUAUGUUUGACAUCUAUGCUACUAACACCACCUUAGAUGUUACUGGAGUGGGUUCUUUGUCCGUUGGCUCAAUAACCCUUGCCGUUCACACUCGUCGGAAGAUGCUCGAUAGAGGCCGCCUCUUUCGACACAAAAAGGAUCCCUCAGGUCACCAAAAACCAGCAGAAUGGAUAUUCACUGUCAGAAGCAUCUUCCUUGGCGUCAGUGGCCGAGAGCCUAUUGAGAUCCUUGACAAUAUGUCGGUCAAUGUACACGGGCUGCUAUACCAGGAAAAGAGUGGAUUACGAGAUACUUCCAUUGCCAUCAAGGUCGGAAGACUCCAUGUGCCCAUUGAUGAUUUCCUGGAGUUCAAAGCUCGCACUUCUUCCGACGCGGAACGAUACACUAGGAGGAAGACCACCUCACAUCAGCGUGGGAUCAGCCUGGACGAUGUGGUAGAAGAGCUUGAACGUCCCGGAAGUCGCGAAGCAGCUAUUGUGCAGACAGUCGCCGACUCAAAGGAGUUCUUAAGCUCUGUCCUCCGUGGCGUGCAAGAAAUCCAGCUAGGCAUGAGCUUCAUUCGCAUAUCCAAGGAGAUCGUGCCGUUGAGAAAAGCAAACCUUCCCGUCUUCAUGAACAUCGUCACCCACGAGAUUGGCAUUGACUUGCAUCGUCUGUCGCAGAAUUCGCCUGCACAUCGCAUGUACUUUUCUCACCAAGAUAUUGCGCACCAAGCUCUUGUGGCUGCAGUGUCCAUAUCUGUCAGCCUUGAUGAGGACGACACGAAAUCUACCAAGAUCGUGUACAUACCGAUGGCGACAACUACAAUAAGAACUACCUUGCCUUCAAAAACAAUGAGUUUCACCGAGGAGCGCGAUGUUGCUGAACGCAACUCAAAUGUCCUCUUUGCGAACUUGGUUAUCACAUCUCCCUCCGUCGAUUUGACACCGCAAUACCUCAUACAGUUGCUCGCCGUUACACAGUCACGUACCAAGACCUCAUCGGUCCCUGAACCGAGUCGUCAUCGUCUCAUAUCGAGACUUCUGCCAAGAGCCGUAAUGAAAUUCUCGAUACACGAACCUGUCGUGCGUUUCGUCCUACCUGUCGCGGCUAAGGGUUACCACGAACCAGAUGACUUCGACAUGAUCAUCUCAGCAAUAUCAGGCAUAUCCUUCGAGGUCGAGUCGUCCCACUCCUCCCAAGAUGAUCUACUUUAUUCUCUCAAUUCUCAUUUCCGGGUAAUGACACAUACUCUCUACUAUCAAUCUGCCUCGGGUAUGAAGCACAACCUGCUGAAGACGGAUUCGCUCGAGGUUAAAACUCAAGUCACAGCUUCUAAAGAAGUGUUCGUGGUGGUUUCUGGAGCUCUACGGAGCUUUUCCAUACUGAUGGUGCGGCCUGAGGUCAGCCAAGGUGUAUACAAUAUCGUACGGCACUUUCAUCAUGUUUCUUAUGCCGAGAAGACAGAUCCUCUCCCGAAACACAAAGAGUCUUUUCUGCGCAAAAUACCCGCUUGGCUGUUAGAGUUUCGAUUUGAAGGAACAAACUGUAGUUUCGAGACUGCUGGUAUCGAUGCAAGCAUAUCUGAUCAAACUCGCGGCGUGGCAUUUGAAUUGGAGUCAUGGAGUACACACUAUCUUGCACACAGAACCGACAGUCACCACAAGCCAUCAUCGCGUCGGAAAGUAAGCGCUUCUGUUCGUGCCAACGAGCUUCCGGAGAACAUAACACAUCUCACGCCUCCAACUUCGCCAGCGAAGCAUCAUCCCACCACUCAUCACUCUACCGACGGACGACGUCUCACUGUCCAUAUCAAAGGCUUCCAGGGUUUCAUUAUCGAGUCGCUGGAAGAGUGGGAACAAAAGCCUUUCGUGUCAGUCCCACGGACCGAAGUCGCCUUCAGCACUUCGAGAGACCAGCAAGGGCCAAUGUGUCACAUCAACACCCACGUCAGAGCUUUCUAUCUCGAAUUUUCCCUUUACCGAGCAUACUCGAUUGGUGUUGCUGCAAUGGUCAUACAGGAUGCUUUCUGGGGAUCAUCUUCGCACCACGACUCUGUAUCGGCGAAAGCAUUCGACCACGCAGCAGCAACGACCGACAUGCCUUCGAAACCCCCGAGUCACAAGCCGGUGACGACCCGAGAGCUUCUUGCUGUCGAUGUCAAGUCUGGCUAUGUCCAGAUAAAGGCAGACAUGCCCCACCAACCCGCCAUGAUGCUACAAUUGUAUGAAGUUGCUGCAGGACGGCACAGAUGGUCAGCUCCAUUUCUAAGAGGUCAUCUCCUACGUCUUCACGCUGCGUCACCUCAUGUACGCUCCGCUUGGGCUCGCAUUAUCAGUAUGAAUGCGUUGCGGAUCGAUCCUCGGAGCACAAGAAAGAAGACCGCCAAUGGCUAUGUUGAUGAAAAGUCUUUUGACGUGAGCACAGACUUCAUUCGCCUAGCUGUGCCGCAUGGCUUGCGCAUGUUCAAGGUUUUCGACAAUUUUACAAACACGUUCAAGUCACUUCUGCAACUGACCUACCGCUUCAAAACCAGGUCGAACAACUACAUCCUCAAGAAGGGUUCAGAAAAGCCAAAGCAUGUCCCUAGGGUCUCUCUUAGGUGCAAAGCUCUGCUGUUUGAGUUGGAAGACGACGCUUUUGAAUGGAAGCUGAGCAAUAUUUAUCACGUAGGUCGAAGUGAGCAGAAGCAACGGCUUGCUCGGGCCGACGCUUUCAAGCUGAAACUCCGGAAAAUGCAGGACGAACGUGGCCGUCAGCAUUCGUCACGCCGCCGAGCACAAUCUAGCAAUGCAGUAUCUAGAGAGACGUCGCCGAGAACACCUUUGAGACGAUCAGCCAGCCAGGACAGUACUCCACGUCGACAUUCUCCGACCAGAGGCCGCAAAGGUCAACCUUCAAAGCUACGUUACAAUCGUGACGGCACAUGCAAUCUCACGUCAUCGGCGAGUGUUGAGGUGGAAGAGGCUUGGGACAAGCUGCAGAAAUACAAUGCUCGAAGUUGGAAAAGCCGCAUUGGCUGGCUUCAACAAAUGCAAAACAGUACCGUUAGGAGCAUCCGCCGCAUGUUCAGUGGUGCAGACGAACCACCUCCUGAUGUUGACGACCAUGAGACAACUUUGGGCAUACCAGAUCGUCCUGGACUGCUAACAAUUGUUAUCAGCGACUUACACCUCAUUGUUGACAAGCCCUCUUUCCCACUGAGCGCUUUGCCAAAAUUUAUGAACGAUGUCGGCAAAGGCAUUCCUCAGGACAUGCAGUAUGCCCUUUUGGUACCAUUGAGUUUGUCCCUCGACAUGGGCGAAGCCCGGUUUAUGCUUCGAGAUUAUCCUCUCAAUCUUCUUCACGUGCCUGCCAUCAGAAGGGGCCAGCCCCCACGUCUGCCAAGUUGGUCAAUGAGAACGGAUUUUGUCAUUGCCGAGGAGUUUAGAGAUGACUUGUCCAUCCGGCAUGUAAAGGUAGAUAUCGUUCCGAAAGGUCAGAGAACAAAGGAUGGUGGAGAGAUUCCAGGUUUCGCGAUCGAUGUCCGUCGUACCGUGUCCCCUGUAAAGACUUACUCCAUGCCUAUCAUCGACAUCAACACCAGUGCGCCGACAUCUAUUUCGUGGGGUACCUCGUAUCAGCCAGCAAUUCAGGAUGUCAUGAUGAUCAUAGAAAGCUUCACGAAACCCGAGAUAGACCCGUCCGACAGAGUUGGAUUCUGGGACAAAGUUCGACUUAGCUUUCACUCACGGCCUGUGAUCAACUGGAAAGGCGAUGGCGAUGUGCAAUUGCGUCUAAAGGGGUCCCGAGAUCCUUACGUGGUCACCGGCUUCGGUGCUGGUUUUGUCAUGUGCUGGAGAAGUAACGUUCGUUGGGCCAUUCAUGAGGACGAUGAUCCAAGGAACUUCAUGACGGUCAAGAGUGGUGAGUACGUAUUAGCCAUACCAGACUAUAGCCACAAGGCCCAAUUUGGUAGAGACGAUACUCCUCAACAUGAUGCAGACAGCUUGAGCAGUUCAGACAAGAAUAUUGCUAUAUUCAGUAAAGUCAUCAUGAAAGUUUCGGGCAACGUGCAAUGGAAAGCGGGACUUGUAUUCGAGCGUAAUACACAUGAAGGUGGACGUUCAGCCAGUUUUAAACCUCACUACGAUGUUGUCCUCAAAAAUCCUGCUUUCCUUGCUAAACAGGACUUGCAAGAUUACGACGCAUAUCGAGGAUUCAGGAGUCAUCAUAUCCAUAUGUCGGUGGCCCUUGCCGCACCGUUCGACAGAGAGUGGACAGCACAGGAGAUCUCGCCCUCACAAAGCUACAACAGCGUUCAUCUCUCUCCGCGGUUUUUCUCGCAUUUCUUCAAUUGGUGGUCUCUCUUCUCAGGAGUGAUGUCCCUGCCCAUACGGCAGGGUUCUCUUUGGCGCAGCCCCGAGAAGACAAGCAAGAAAUUCGGCAGACAUCUAGCCACGAUCAAGUAUGGCCUUCUGCUGUCUCCUCUGUUCAUUGCCCACGUCUACAAGCACAAAGAUAGUGAGGACUACGAGAAGGAAGUGGUCUCUGCAACUGGCCUAAAGCUACGGCUUGACAGCUUCAUACUAGAUUUGCACCAACGGAGAGAGUGGUUCAAUACUGUAUCGAGAACAAAAUCGGAGCAAUUACGGACAAGUGCAAUGAAGAUCAACCGCGCAGAGCUAGAUUUCGUCAAUGCUGACUUGAGAGCAGUGUCAGCAGAUAUCGCUGGCACAACGGCUGAUGAUCUCAAGCGUGCGACGGACGAGAUGUUGUCAUCCUACCAAGGGCGAAGUACCAACGUCGACAUGUCCAGAUUCACCAUACCAGAUCACGACUUCUCAUGGAUCGACAUGGAUGAUUUCGUCGAACUGGACUGGAUUUUACCCUCUGAAUCCAAUCCGGAGACUCAGAUAUUGCCACUUGCUUUCACCCCUCGAUUCACAUACUUUCGGCAAACCGAUCAUGGCAACGCUAUUCAUGGUGACGAAUCAAGGGAGUCUCCCUUUGGACAAGAAGAUACUCACAAUUGCGUUAUACCAUCAAGACAUAAUGAUCCACGAAAGGUUCAGAUGCAUCUGAUUGAGAACCGGUUGAAGCAUCUCGAUGAGCAGAUUGAAGCACAUGGGAGAAACACUGGUGAACAUGAGGUCAAGGUUGUUCGUGAGGGCGACCAAGAUCCUUCUAUUCGAGAGAAACAUAAGCUUUAUCAGAUUCAACAGAAGCAGCUAGCGGAUAAGAAGACCUUCCUCGAACACGGUCUUCGCAGGCUUGCUCAUCAUGAAUACCCGAAUGGUAUUGCGCACAUGAUGGGCGAGCCAACUUUCAGUGCGCACAAGCCUAGCAACGAUUCCCAAUCACAGCCAGAAACGCCAGAGCGUAAAAGUCUUGACUCCAAUGCAGCAUCUUUGCCUUCGAAUACGAGCAACAGUCAGGUCGAUAUAGACGGGCUUUAUUCUACACCUCGCGAUGAGUUUGCGAGUGACUUCAACAACAGAUUCAUCAUUCACAAUGCGCAAGUGAAAUGGAACAAUUCUCUACGAAACAUCAUCCUGCGAUACAGUCAUCAAGUUAGCCAACGUCGUGGAUUUGUGUAUUACAUGUCGCGUAGGGCUGUGAAAUUCAUUCUGGAUAUAGUGGACGAGCAAGGAAAGCGUAAAGAGAACAAGCAACGGCAAAACGAGCAGUCUGCAACAGUGCCUCCAACUCCACCCGUCGCCUCGCCAAGUGAUGAAAGAGACGCAGACAACGUCGUGGAAGAGCGCAUUCAGCAGCUCUUAAAUGAUGCCAAGAGAUUUGUUUCAACCAAUGAGGUUGAAGAAAGUCCACAGCCUCAACGGAGGCGCCCCUCGACAGUUAGCAUCGAUCCCGAAGAAAAGCUUGCUGAUGAUUUCUUGGCUAUGAAUAGCUACAAUAUGCGCCUGAUUGCGCCACAAAUUCAAUUCCAGAGUGAAAAGAAUACCACAUCAGCGGUGUUACUCACUGCAAAGGGAAUGCAGAUGAAAGUCAUAUCAAUCAUGGACAAAGAACGACUGUCUGAUGAUGUGAGUGGUCUGGUGCAACGCCGAUUCGCCUUGGACAUGGACGGAGUACAGAUUUUCAUUACAAAUCUCAAGCAACUAAGCAAGCAUAUCCAUCUAUACGCUGGCAACAAAUACGGUAACUCGCCAGGUUCCUCGUGGCCUCCAUGGGCAUCCAUCGAAACGAUGUUUGACUUUCAUAUUGACCCUUUCGGCUUUCAGAGGGUUGUGCAGAAAACCUCUGCGAGUUUGCGUUACGAGAAGUACAACGCCUUACGCCUCAAAUACAACGAGGAAAUUGCAGAAGGAGUAGAAGGUGAGUCAGGCACUAAAAAGCGCAAAGAAAGCAGAAUCGAUCACGUCUGGGUUGACUUUCCUCGGCUUAGAGCAAGUUGCGACUCACAUCAAUAUUACGCCAUGUACAUUAUUGUUAUAGAUCUCCUCAUGUACCACGAACCUCUCGAAAAGACAAGGAGUGAGCGACUAGAGAAGAUCAUGCUGGCUUCUGACUUUAGUGAUCUUCGUGGCGCCCCAGAGAUGGCAGAGAGCUUGCAAGAGCGGAUCCGGCAGCUCAACGAGCUAAAGCUCUACUUCAUCGUCAACGCGAGAUUGCUUGAUAAGAAGGGUUGGCAGGACCGUAUUGACCUGGAAAAGGAUCUUGCUAGCUGUGAGGAUGAGCUUUUUUUCAUCAUGAAAGCCAUCAACACCUCGCAACAACGGAAUGAUGAGCGCUCUUCGCAAUCAAGCGGAUUUCUACGAUGGUAUCUCAGUGCUUCACAGGUUGUGUGGCACCUGAUGAAGGAAAGAAACGAACCUUUACUCGAGUUCCAGUUAGGCAAUGCUACAUAUGAGAGAAUUGACAACAGUGACGGCUCAAACCACAACGCCAUGGAGAUUGAGCACAUUCGUGGCUGGAACCUGUUACCCAAGGCUCUGUACCCAGAAAUUAUCGGGCCCUAUAAAGAUCCUCAGCAUAAACAAAUAACCGAAGUCCCAAAGAUGUUGCAGUUGCACUGGUAUAUGCUGGAAGCAAUAGCAGGCAUACCUGUGCUCGAAGAGUUCCAAGUCACUAUGCACCCAAUCAAAGUUCAGCUCGAACGCUCGCUAGGCAAGGCGCUCUUCGAGUAUAUAUUUCCUGGCAUUGGAUCCAAUGCCUUCGACAACAGUAGCUUCUCGCCAUUGAUGGUCAAGAAUAUGAAGCCAAUUGAGGGAGAGGAUGACGAAGAGAACGAAAAGGCACGCAGUGUUGUGUCGCCGGAGCGAGUCAUCUCACCGCCAGAUCAGAAUGACCUGAAAAACUUCUCGACAGGUGCCAUUGCAAAUCGGUUACAGCCAACGUACAACUUGACAAAAAGCACACAGAAUGGAGCGGCAAAUAGGACCAAAAUGAAGGGACUAGGUAUCGGCAACCACCGCAUCGGACUCUUCGGCCACCAUUAUAGUUAUCGAAAAGACAAUGCAGAUCCUGGAAGAGAAGGAUUGUCUAGACAGGCUUCCUCACACAGUUUGAACUCGCUUCGAACAAAGGCUCGGGACAAUUCAACAGUCAGUCUAAACGGUGACGCGAAGCUGGUACGUACCGAUAGCCGAGACGGUCGUGGUUGGACGCUACGUCGCCACGAUAGCAACACGGACAAGGACAAAGAGAAGGACAAGAAGAAGUCAGCUGACGAUGUCUCACAAAUGAUGGAAAGAGCCUCAAAUUAUAUGACCUUAGCACAUGUCAAACUCAACUCCUUCGUCAUUUGUCUGAGCUAUAAAGGGCAGCGAGACCGCAACCUCGAGGAUUUGCACGACUUCGUCUUCCGCAUGCCGCCUCUCGAAUAUCGCAACAAGACUUGGACCAACCUAGACCUUGCACUUCAUUUAAAGAAAGACGUCAUCAGAGCGUUAAUAUCUCAUACAGGCGCCAUCAUCGGUAACAAAUUCUCACACCACCGUCCUGGCAAGAAGCAAGUAGAGCGAUUACGCGAAAUAGCAGCAGGGAAUAUGCUUGUCCCGAACAGCGAUACUCUAGUGAACACUCCUAGUGUGAGUAGUGAUCGUUCUAGCCUAUUCACAAAUAGUGAUUAUACACCUCCGAGAAUGUCUUUUCAGUCAGACGGACCCCGCAAACUAGAGCCUUCACCAUUGCUCACUACUGGCGAAUGGAGUGGCAUUACGGACUCUAGACAGCGUGCAAAUAUGUCAGUGGGCACAGUACGUCCUACUGAUGCAGGUGGCUCGGAAGGAACAUUGUCGUCACCUGGCCCGACGAGAAGUAGUGAGGAUGGCAGUCCGAGGGCAGACAAUUGGCCUUUCUCACCUGCUAGUCCGUCACGGAUAGACCCACUAGGCCCUAUAACGAGCAAUCUACCUCGCCCAUCGACGGGAAGCGGAUUCAUUCCAGCCAAAUCCUUGCUCAAAGACGUUGUCGGUCGAAGAUUCACUAACGGCGGCAGUCCAGAAUCAAGCUCAAGCGGAGUGCGACCAACGAUCCACAAAGGACGAGUGCGAUUUAAGAGUCACAACUCGAUGGAAAGACGACACAGCCAAGGUAGUGCAUCUGCAGCUGACAAUGAAACCUUUGCACAUCGAGCACGUUCAGACAGCUUUCCGCCACAACGCAGCGUGGCCAGCAAAAUUAGCGAAGGUGAUACAGAUCCGAAAACCGACGACGAUGUCGCCAGUGUCGGUACUACGAACGCCAAGCGGAAAGUCCUGUCGUUCGGAAAGAAGGUAAUGAGCGGAUUCAAGGGGUAG